AUGUGGCAUGUUUCGCCUGAGACAAUGCCCUGCGACGAUGCCCUGCGUCAAUGCCUUCGGACACAUGCACCUGUGCAGCUCAAGGUGCUGGAGCUCAACAACAACGAGCUCGCGGGUUCGAUUCCGGACGCCAUCGGCAAUCUGAAACUGCUGCAGGACGUGUCGCUGGCGGAGAAUCGCCUUACAGGCCGCGUGCCCCGAGGACUCGACUACCUGCGCGCCAGCCGCACCGCCCAUUACAACUUCUCCGCCAAUGGCGCCGGCUUCUGCGGAACCGGAUUCACCGGCCUAAGGGCCUGUCCGGGCGAUCCGCCGUACGUCCCGCUGCCCAAGCUGCCGCCGAAAACCCCCACACCCAGGAUUCCCGUCACUCCCACACCCAAGCCCAAGACCCCCGUUACACCCACGCCCAGGAUUCCCGCGAAUGACGGACUCAAGGAACCCGCCCUGUCCGUCGCCGCGGGCGGCGCCUGGGCGGCAAAGAAGCAGAAGCAGACAAAUCGUACCGGCGCCAAGCCGCCCUCCUCCGUCGCCGCGUCUGUCGGCUCCCCAGGAGCGCGCUCCUUGGCCGUCGAUGUCGAGAUGGGCGGCGAGAUGAACGGCUGUCUGCCGUCCUCGCGCGAUCGCGCUGUGUUCCCCGCUGCCGCCUCGCCGACAGGCGGCGCGUCGCGCUCGGCGGCUGUAGCAGGACCGGCUGUAGCGGGAGCCGCGGCGGCGACAGCGGGGGCUGCUGCUGUGGCGGCUACAGCCAGGCAAGCGUCGCGCGGACGAUCGGAGAGGAACGAGCGACAGGGUGGGACGCCACCGAGGCGGUCGCCCAGACCUGCGGAGCAGCCCCGGAAACCGGCGGCUUGGGAGCAGCCUCAGGGGCAGGCUCGGGGGCCGGGGCAGAGCGGAUCGUUCGGCCGGCAGGAGGAUGAGUCAAGGAAUGGGAGCGAGAGGGGCAGCGCUGCUGGUGGUGCAGCUGGUGCUGCUUCUGUUGCUUAUUACGACAGUGCGUACUUGCCCCAGUCGAGUGACAAAGCGACGGCGUAUGGCAGUGCGAGCGUCGCGAGUGUGGUGCGCAGCAGCGCCAACACCCCCAGCCCUGUGAAGGCCCUCGGCGGGUGGGGCGCGCCGAGGGCUCAGCGCGCUGCCGUGGCUGACCCGGUUGCAGCGAGAGAGGCCGAGAGGGAGAGGGAGGGCGGGAGAGAGUGGGGUAAGGAGAGUGAGAGUGAGAGCGAGAGUGAGGGGCCAGGGUCACACUCAGUGGUGUCGUCAGUGGUGAGUAGGGACAGAGGGUGGGACGAUGCCAGCAAGGGCGGCUCUCUCAUGGGCGCGACCGCCGUUCACGCCCACAACAGCAGUGGCGCGACUCGUGUGGCUGCACCUGCUGUGCCUUCUGCCGCCACGUCUGCUGCCACGUCGGCUGCCACGUCGGCUGCAAUGCCUGCUGCAAUGUCUGCUGCGUUUGCAGCUGCGACUGCAGCAGCGAGCAGGGGGCGAGUUGGGGGGCAGUCAGCAGCAGCGGCGUCUGCAACCACUGGUGCGUCUGCUGCAUCUGGUGCGAGCAGCGAUCGGGAUUCAGACACGGAGGAGAUCGAGAUGGAGGAGAGUGGAGGGGGGUACGGGAGAGUGGCUGCAGCGCCGGCUGUUACCAGCGCUGCAGUAGUGGGUAAGGGGGUUCUAGGGGACAGCCCUCGCAAGCCAGGGGCAGGAGCGCCAAGGGCAGGUGCAUCUGGGGCAGGCGGAACUGGAGCAGGUGUAUCUGGGGCAGGUGGUGCUGCUGGGGCAGGCUCAUCUGGCGUGCGGGUGGGGGUGUAUGGGCCUGCUGGGAGGUCCCUGCGAGUGACAGACCUGCACGCAGCAGAGGGGGAACGCGGGGAGGAGGAGGAGGAGGAGAGCAGCGUUACGAGUGAGAGCAGUGAUAGCGAUUACCCCGGAGUUAAACAGCCUUUAACAAGCACUAGAGCGGCAGUAGCAGCAGGAGCAGGAGGAGGAGGAGCAGCAGUAUCGCCUGCUAUUCCCAGGGGCUGGGCAGGCGCAUCUGCUGCCACUGUGGCUGCCGCAGCUGCUGCUAUCUCGCCCUCUCGUGCUGCUCCUGCUGGUGCUGCUGGAGUGGUCACUGGCAGAAGCAGUGGCAGGGGAGAGGGAUUGGAAGGAGAGAGGACGGAUGGAGAUACGUCUGACACGUCAGCAGAUGGUGACGAGGCAGCAGGGCACGGUUUGGAGCGGUACUUCACGGUUGCUGAGCUGGCGCUGGCGACGAACGACUUCGGGCGGCAGAGUGAGCGCAGUGUGCUGGGCAGCGGGCGGCACGGCACUGUUUACCGCGCGCGGUUACCCGAGGGGACCACGGUGGCCGUGAAACGACUGAGUGACAAAAAUUUGGAGCAAUCGCCCCGCGAGUUCAAGUUUGAAAUAGACUCGCUAGCGCAGGCCAAGCACCCCAACCUAGCGGCAGUAUUAGGGUGCUGUGUGGAGGGCGACGAGCGCAUGCUGGUGUACGAGUACCUGCCCAACGGCUCCCUGGACGCCUGGCUCUACCAGACGGCUGCUGGAGGGUCGGCGGAUACGCUGGACUGGCCCAUGCGCAUGCACGUGGCUAUUGGCUGUGCCAAAGGCUUGGCCCACCUGCAUGGCGGCAUGGCGGUGAAGGUGGUGCACAGGGACGUGAAGGCGUCUAACGUGCUGCUGGACGCGCAGUGGAACGCCAAGCUGGGCGACUUCGCCCUGGCCAAGGCCAUGGGGAGGGAGCAAGGGCACGUGGGCACGCGAGUCAUGGGCACGUUUGGGUACGUGGCGCCGGAGUACAUGAACACGGGGCUGCUCACGGAGCGCAGUGACGUGUACAGCUUUGGCGUGCUGCUGCUCGAACUCAUCUCCGGCCGCCCGCCCAUCGACAACGAGGCUCCCUCCGACCAGAAACGCAAGGACAGGAGGCGGGUCAUGAAAAACAAAGCAACCCCGGACCAGGUAGGCUCGGGAGCACCAUGCGUGCACAUGUCAUGUGAUGCCAUAUUCAACGCCCCUGAUCCUCCACUCCCUCACUCACUCUCUCACUCACUCUCUCACUCACUCUCUCACUCACUCCCUCACUCACUCUCUCACUCACUCCCUCACUCACUCUCUCACUCACUCCCUCACUCACUCUCUCACUCACUCCCUCACUCACUCUCUCACUCACUCUCUCACUCACUCCCUCACUCACUCUCUCACUCACUCCCUCACUCACUCUCUCACUCACUCCCUCACUCACUCUCUCACUCACUCUCUCACUCACUCCCUCACUCACUCUCUCACUCACUCUCUCACUCACUCUCUCACUCACUGCCUCCCUUGAGCCGUUAUCAGGUGGACUUGGUGCGGUGGGUGCGCGCCAAGGCAGCAGAGGAGCGGCUGUUAGAGGUGCUGGACCCGCGGCUGCAGGGCACGGUGCAGGCAGACGAUGUGGAGUACGCGCUGGGCGUGGCGCUGCGAUGCGUGGAGCCCAAUGCACUUAAGCGCCCCAAGAUGCCGCAGAUCGUGCACAUGCUGGAGAGCGAGGACCCCAAGCAGCGCCCCAAGAUGCCGCAGGUCGUCAUGCACAUGCUGGAGAGUGAAGACCCCAAGCAGGGGUAUGCUCUGAACCAAGACCUUACGCAGAGGGACGACUGGGUGGCGAGGAGGCCCAGCCCAUCCAGUGCGCGCUCCCUGGCCUACCGCGACCCCUCCCCCCGCGCCGCCUUCCGCCACUGCGACUCCUCCCCCCGCACACACCCCCCGCGCGACUCCUCCCCCCACACCGCCAUCCGAGAGCCCUCCCCCCGCGCCCCCUACUUCCGCGACCCCAGCCCCCGCGGGUACCCCGCUGCUGCCUCUGUUCCCGGAAGGUCUGGUGGGUACGGCAGCGGUGGGGGAGGGGGCGGAGGUGGUGCUGCUUGGUCAGAUUCGAGUAGAGGGACGAGUCCCCGGAUAGGGGGGGCUGGAUCGAUGUCACAGAACAGUGCUUACUACGGCAUGCCAGGCUCGGCAAGGGCUCCUGAGCCUUACCGAGCCAGCAGCAGCAGCCCGAGGCAGUACGGGAUGCCAGGCUCGGCAAGGGCUGCCGAGCCGUACCGAUGCAGCAGCAGCCCGAGGAUAGGCGGCUCGCCGAGCGUGAACAAUAGCUACUAUACGUCCCGCAAUGCGGCUAGCCCCACCGCUCCGGACAUUGGAGCCAUGAUUGCGUCUGCUGCCAUGCGGACAUCUAGCCCCCGGGGUAUGAAUGGAGGUUCCCCUGGCGUGGGAACAAUGGGCAUGUCGCCACGAGUGGCGAGCCCGAGGCCAUCGAGUCCGCGCAUGCAGAAUGGGGGGGAUGCGGGGAGUGUGAUUGCCAGCCAUGCCAUGAGCAUGAGCACGUACAGGCGCCAGGGCUCCUGGAGUAGGAGAUGA